UACAGCUGUUGGGUUCACCAUCAUGAAUCAGAAGCUAUUCCAGCUGUCUGUCUAGAGAGCAAUGCAUGUGAGACCAGACCACCCCCUUCUCAGUGGACUCCUUAUCAACACUCACUCUUUGACUACACUGAUUCUUGCACGAUCAGCAGUUCUUUAAAUAUAUAACACUCAAGCCACGACAGAGACGAUCUCUUCAGCCACUGCGCGUUGAUACAACACCACACCACAUCUGUCAACAUUCAACAACCCACCAUGACCUCCACUCAGCCGAUCUUCUCGAAGGGAGAAAACUGCAAACAAGUGUGGCACGACGCGUGUGCUGACUACAAUGAGACCGACACACACUUGGAGAUCAUGGGGAAACCCGUGAUGGAGCGCUGGGAAACUCCAUACAUGCACUCCCUUGCAACAGUUGCUGCAUCUAAAGGUGGAAGGGUGCUCGAGAUCGGCUUUGGAAUGGCCAUAGCAGCCACUAAAGUGGAGUCCUUCCCCAUUGAGGAGCAUUGGAUCAUUGAGUGCAAUGAUGGUGUAUUCCAGAGGCUACAGGAAUGGGCCAGAAGUCAGCCAUAUAAAGUUGUUCCUCUGAAAGGCCUGUGGGAAGAUGUGGUGCCAACCCUACCCGACAAUCACUUUGAUGGUAUUCUUUAUGACACAUAUCCUUUGUCAGAGGAGACCUGGCACACACAUCAGUUCAACUUUAUCAAGGGUCAUGCUAACAGACUGCUGAAGCCCGGCGGUGUGCUCACAUACUGUAAUCUCACUUCCUGGGGUGAGCUACUGAAAAGCAAAUAUAAUGACAUCUACAAAAUGUUCCAAGAGACACAAGUUCCUCACCUGGUGGAAGCGGGAUUCAAAAAGGAGAAGAUCAGCACCACGCUGAUGGACAUCAGUCCUCCCAGUGAAUGCAAAUACUAUUCCUUUAAUAAGAUGAUCACACCAACUAUUGUUAAAGAAUAAGAAAAACAAACUGUAUAUAAAUCAUUCUACUGUCAAGUGUCUCUGAAAUGAUUUAAUUCAUUUAUAAGGGUGAACUGCAUUUAAUUCUCUCAAAAUAACUAGAAAAAGUUUUGUAAAUGACUAGUCGUGCCAUUCAAAGACUUUUAUUUCUUUUCUUUUUUUGAUUAUACUACAUCAAAAUAAACACUACAU